GUCCCUCCCGAGUUAACCAAUCGCAAGGCGUAUUGCUGAAAAGUGCGCAGCACACGUAAGGACGGCGGACUUCUGCCGGGCCCAGGAAUCCUGAAACCAUGGAUCAAUUACAUAUUCUUUGAGACAUGCUUUAGAUGUUUUUCUGGAAGCACCGCUACUACCCUAAAAAAUUGAAUGUAUUAUAAAACAGAUCCAUGGCUGAUGGUGACAGAGUCUACAUGGAACUAUGCUUCGAGGUGUGCUGGGAAAAACCUUUCGACUUGCUGGCUAUACAAUUCAGUAUGGCUGUAUAAUUUAUUGUACUUUUGAAUAUGUUGGUGGUGUUUUUAUGUGUUUUGGACCAUCAAUGGAACCUACAAUUCAAAAUUCAGAUAUUGUCUUUGCAGAAAAUCUUAGUCGACAUUUUUAUGGUAUCCACAGAGGUGACAUUGUGAUUGUAAAAAGCCCAAGUGACCCAAGCUCAAAUAUUUGUAAAAGAGUGAUUGGUUUGGAAGGAGACAAAAUCCUCACCACUAGUCCAUCAGAUUUCUUUAAAAGCCAUAGUUACAAUUUGAAAAGUCCUUAUGGCGAACAACACUUACACACCAGAUUUAUUUUUUUCCAAGAUUACUCACUCAGACUGGAUGAAAGUAUUGAAUACUUACGGAGAAGAUGGAGCUUAGCCUGCAAUAUCUGUAAGAAUGAGGAAGUCAAGUCUUAGACUAAGCAGGGAGAUACUCAGUAAUGAAAGAGAAGCUGUUAAUAAAAAGUCUAUCUUCCAGUCACAUCCCUGUGCCGCCUACUAAAACUUCUUUAUAGAUUCCUCUUUUGCAAUGAUUGGCUGUAUCCUAAGGUGGCAGGCAUCAGUUUCAUUUUUUUUUUUUCACUUUAUUUGAAAGAAACACAAGAGAGGGAAAAAGAGAGAGAUCUUCCAUCCACUGAUUGACUCCCUCAGUGCCAGCUAAAGCCAGGGCUGGGUCAGGCUGCUGCCAGGAGUGAAGAACUCAGUCUGGGUUUCCACUUGUGUGGCAGGGACCCAAGUACUUAAUUUAACAUCUGCUGCCUCCCAGGGUGCACAUUAAUAGAAAGCUGGAUUGGAACAGGAGUUGGCAGGACUGGAACUAGGUACUCCUAUGUGACAAAUAGGCAUUCCAAGUGGUGUCUUAAAUGUUGGAACAAGUGCCUACCCUUGAAUCAUUUUUAAGUAGAAAAGGACAGUAACAGUCCCAAGACUGAUAUGGAUAACAUAGUAGUAAGGCAGAAUUUUUUUUUA